UGGGCCACGCUGCCAUUGGUUAAAGGCGAUUCAAGGAGAGAUUGGAGCCAUUUCCCUUUUUCAUGCCUUCAUGGUGGAACUUGAGUGGCGGAGGGAGGCAUCGAGGGAGGCAGAGACAGGGAGGGAUGGCAACCGCGUGCCACCUGCUACCAGCCAAUCCGCCACCGCGACGGCGCCACCGACUCCGCUCCACCGCUGGGCCACUCGCCACCGCUCCACCCAUGGUCCACCAUCACCCUUUUGCUAUGUGAAGAACGUCGUUCCAGAACAUGCCUCGAAUGUAGUGAUAUUUGUUGAUUCUAUAAAUCUAAUCUUUGAGGAAUCAACAAAAAGGAAGCCCUUUGUAUCUCUACCAUUUGCAUGUAUUGAGCCUGGUGAUGAUCAUAGUCUACCAAAUAUUGCACUCAGAUGGAUGUUUCAAGCUACAACCAUGAACUCUCUAUUGACGUGAUCAUUUCUUUGUUACUCUCAGAUAUGGGUGUGACAUCUAUCUUUGUCUAAGAUCUUAUGCAGAGACUUGAUGUUCAUGCUUGCAGAUUAGUUUUGUUGUCUCC